GUGCACUGUGUCCCUCGGACACAGCGGAUCACCGAUCAUGGAAAGAGCCGAAGAUGUCGGAUCAGUCAUGUGAUCAGCUGUAUCCAAUCACAGCUGAUCGCAUGGGACAUGCACACUGAUCAUCAGGGCCUGAUGAUCAGUGUGCCCUGAUGAUCAGUGAAGCCCAAGCAGUGCCACCUGUCAGUGUCCAUCAGUGCCUUGUGUCAGUGCUCAUCAGUGCCUCGUGCCAGUGCCCAUCAGUGUCACAUCAAUGCCACAUAUCAGUGCCUACCAGUGCACAUCAAUGCCACAUAUCAGUGCCUACCAGUGCACACCAAUGCCACAUAUCAGUGCCCAUCUGAGCUGCCUUUCAGUGUCACCCAUCAGUGCCAGUCAGUGCCACCUAUCAAUGCCAAUCAGUGCCACCUAUCAGUGCCAGUCAGUGCCGCCUAUCAGUGUGCAUCAGUGCUGCCUAUCAGUGCCUGUCAGUGCCGCCUAUCAGUGCCAGUCAGUGCCGUCUAACAGUGCC